CAGCAGCUUGACAUUUGUGUCUCACUACUCUAUAUCCUUGUUCCUCACACAGCUUGUGAAUGCUUCCAUGCUUUCUCUGUCAAACGUAAUGCAAUGGAGCCGUCCGUGGAUGUAAACAAGCGUUCCCUGAGAAGGAAAGGAGAGGACGGAGAGGAUAACGAGGAAGUCGCCGUGAAAAGGGACAAAAGUGAAAGCAGCCGGUUGGAGUCUUGUUUGGAUCAACCCAUGGAUUCAGGCAGCAUCCAUGAAAUUAUCAAGUACGAACCCUCACCUCUGCCAGUCAAACUUUAUGAUGUUGACACUACUGAGCCCAUCAGCUCUGGUCUUCAGACUUUGGACGAGCUGUUGUCAUGGAGACGAAGCGAUGCAAAUCCCUUUAACGUGGCAGUUUUCCCUCUGGCGCCUCGGGAGCCUUCUCUGGCCAGUAGUCCACGUCGGACCUUGGUGUCUCAUGAUAUGAUGGGCGGCUACCUGGAUGACAGGUUUGUGCAGGGGACACAUGCAGAAUUUCCAUAUGCCUUCUACCACUGGCAGUACAUAGAUAUUUUCAACUACUUCACUCACAACAUGGUGACUAUUCCUCCUGCUGUGUGGACCAACGCUGCACAUAAACAUGGAGUCACAGUUCUCGGGACGUUCAUCACGGAGUGGACAGACGGAGGCGUUGCGUGCGAGGCCUUCCUGAAAGAUGAGGAGUCAUACCGAGCAGUGGCCGAUAAGCUCGUCCAGAUCAGCAACUGCUACGGCUUUGACGGCUGGCUCAUUAACAUAGAGAACUCCCUCAGUGUGGGAGCAGUGAAGAACACGCCUUUGUUCCUGCGCUAUCUGACAGACCAGAUGCACGAGCGAGUCCCUGGCAGCCUGGUCCUGUGGUACGACAGCGUGAUCCAGAACGGGCAGUUAAGAUGGCAGAAUGAACUAAACCAGUCCAACAGGAUGUUUUUCGAUGCUUGUGAUGGCUUCUUCACCAACUACAACUGGACGGAGAAGAACCUGGAGUUGAUGAGGGACUACAGUGAGAUCCAAGACCGCCAGGCUGAUAUCUACGUUGGGGUGGACGUGUUCGCCCGAGGCCAGGUGGUGGGAGGAAUGUUUGAUACAAAUAAGGCACUAGAAGUCAUCCGAAAACACAACUUCUCUGCUGCCAUCUUUGCUCCAGGCUGGGUGUACGAGACCCACGAUGAUAAGAGAGAAUUCCGCAAGAAUCAGGACAAGUUCUGGCGUCUUCUGUCAGACUACCUGUACGUCCAUCGACCAACAUCACCGCUCCCCUUCAUUUCCUCCUUCUGCCAGGGCUUUGGGAAGGCUGUCUACUGGAGAGGACAGCGUGAGGUCAAUAGGAGCUGGUUCAACCUGGCGGCCCAGGAGAUCCAGCCUCUGUACUACCAUGAGGAGCUGGAGGGUGGGGGCUGGCUGAGGGGCCGUGGCUGCCCUGAGGACGCCUGGAAUGGAGGCUGCUCACUGCUGCUGGAAGGCCUCAUCCCUGCUUCUCACACAGCUUCAGUGUCUGCCAAGAUCUUCUCCCUCCAUGUACCUCUUCCACACAAGACCCUGGUGAGCCUCAUCUAUAAACCUUCUGCUGGGAUCACCGUGUCCCUGGAGCUCAAGACAUCAGACGCCAGUCUCUGCACACACAUGGGAGCCCAGGAUGUCGAACUUACCAGCAUGUCUCCUGAGGUUCUGGAUGAGGGUCAUCAGCUGGUGAGCCAGUUCUCUCAGCUGUGUGGAGACUUUAAUCCACAGGGUUGGGCUGUCAGGUGUUCACAGUUCGAGCUUCGCGGCUGCGCUCUCAGAGAAGUUUGUUUCAGCAUCCAGAGGGAUGGAGAGCCCCAGGACACACAUUUCACCUGCAGGGUGGGAGAGAUCAUGUUCCUGGAUGUAGCCGGUCUUCAGGUACCUCCCGAGCUGGUUCAGGGUUUGUGCAUUUAUGACAUUGUGUGGCUACGCGGUUCCGGCACCUCUUCCUCCCCGGUCCUCCACCUCAACGCCACCCUGCGCUGGGAAUACCCGACCAAACUCGUACGCCACUUCAAAGUGUACUGGCGACGGCUGAGAGGACCCGAUCCACGAACCCCUCCAGGUCAGCUGGUUUUGGUGGGCUUGGCGUAUUCAAAUCUGUUUAGGGUAACAGAGCUGGCGGUGCCGGACCCCCCCACACUCCUGGAGCUGGUGGUGGAGCCGGUGAUCAGGAAAGGCUUCCUGGUCCCAGAGAGCCACUGGGGAAGAAGAAGCCUGAGCUACGCAGAGGAUUUCACAAAAUAACUGUUCACACGUUAUCAAGCUACUUCUCUGUGACUCUUCCAUACAUGGUGCUACAACUGUGGCACUGAUGUAACACUCAACAUUUCCAAGUGGGAGCAUUACAAUAGCCUUCAAGGAUAUGGAAUGAAAGUCUGGGAAUAUGGAAUGAAACAUAUUUAUGAUACCAAACUAGCACCAUGUGUUGUUUCAGAUAUGUAAAGUCAGCUUAUCAAACAGGUCAUACAUAGGUAACAGUGAGCAUUUAUAUGCCACUCUGUAUACUAUGUACUUUUUAACAACAAGGACCCAUCACCCAAAUGAUUUUUUCAAAUGUGAUAUUAUAUCAACAACUAAAGUGUCAGUGGCAGCUAAAGUGUGAUUAAUGUUUUAAGGUUAUUUAUACUGUAAGUAACUUUACAGCACUUAUAUUUUAGUCUUAAAUACUGACAAUCAACCGAGACACAGUGUGUUGACUUUUUCCAUAUUUAACCAAAAUCAUGAUCUUUCCUUAAUGUGAACCAAAGUGUUUUUGUGGCCUAGACCCACCACCAACCAGGGAUGCAGGUUGCAGCAUAUAAACUCCAGUCUAGUGUCAAAGACCUGCUUACCAACCACUGCAACCACAUCUGUAUGAACACAAAAGACAAUAAACAUUUUCUGCACUGCAAUUAUGUUUCCUCAGAAGCUAUUUAGUAGCAUAUACAGUGGCAACAAAUAAACACACACACACACACACACACACACACACACUGUUUGUCCAAUCAGCAUUUUCACUUUCAUUCCAUAUUCUCAA